GACUACAACCGUAACAACGAUGACGUUCCAAAAGUCAAGAUAUUCAUGAGCACCAAUACCAAUUUUAAUCAGAAUUGAUAAUGCAAAGUGAUAUAGAGCGUUUCGAAAUAAAUAGAAUAUACACACUUGUAUUGCCCGUAAUCAGUCGGUGAUUCGUUCAAAGUGCACAACAUUUCAUACUUUCCAACGAUAUUUCAUUUGCAGAACGAAAACAAUGGACAAAAUUAUUAAACGAAUAAUCGCCACAAAAACGGCACCUGAACCAAUUGGCCCAUAUAGCCAAGCCGUUGUUGCUGACAAGAAUGUAUAUGUAUCGGGUGUUAUUGGUGUAAAUCUAGAAACUGGUGCAUUGGUUGAUGGCGGAGCUAAAGAGCAGGCCGCAGCCGCCUUAGUUCAUUUGAAAAAUGUGCUCCGUGCUUCAGGAUCCAAUUUGAACAAUGUGGUUAAAACCACGGUAUUUUUGCAAGAUUUUAACGAUUUUCCUGUGGUCAAUGCGGUCUAUAAAGACGUAUUUGUACGAAAUUUCCCGGCACGAUCUUGUGUACAGGUAGCCAAAUUGCCGCUUGGAGCUCUUGUCGAAAUCGAAGCCAUCGCAUUUUUAGGAGAAAAUUGAGGCUUAUAUUAACCGUCCUCCCCUUUACGAUUUAGACAUUUACGUUAGUCGUAUGACAAUUAUGAGAAAUGUCAAAUUAUCUAUAAUCACAAUAAAGUGUCGUGCAUCGUAGCGCA